UGGGGCCUUCGCUCCUGUGCAGCGCCGCCCAGGGGUCCGGGCCGGGCGGAGAGCCUUCCACUCUUCUCCUAGCCCAUGCCCGCGUCGGGAGAGGCUGCUGAUGACUCCUAUGAGGUGGUCUUGGGGUGGGUGGGGGCGCCCAGUGCAGGAUUCGCGCCCGGGGCUGCUCGGGGACUAUGAGUAAAAGGGAGGGCUGGGCGGGAGUCGUGGGUCUCCGUCACCUCGCGGGUCUUGGGCUCUCUCACAUGGUGAAGUUUGGGUUCGUGCCUGAACUCGGCGAUCAGGGAGACCCGGGACUGGCUCCGGGGGGCCGAGGGGGGCUCUGAGGAGUUCCGGGCAGUGACAUUCCAUUGUAUUGGAAUGGACAAUGUGGUUGGGGACCCCGGCAAUGUGAGGGUGGGGGAGGCGCGAGAGGAAGAGGCGUCGAGCUGUGUCUCUGACAUUGGGAGACCCGGGAGGGCUGGAUUGCGGGAGAACCCCUGGGGCGUGGGGGCCCGGGAGAGGGCCUGGAGGGGCGCGAAAGCUGCGAAGGGGCUGGGUGACAUAUGUUUGCGGUGGUGGCCAAGACUAAGCUAUUUCUCUUCCACGCGUUCAAAGUUACUGUUGGGUUUCCUCCCCUUUUAACAACAGCAGGAAGUAAGGGAGCUUUUUUGCCUUCUGUAUCUUGGGGAGACUAGGAGUUGGGAAGAAAUUGGAGCGGGGGGUCAGCGAAGGCCAUAAAGGUUGAAGAACAGAAGCAUGCUUCUCCAUCUCGGCUUCUGAAACCCCGGUUCAUUAUGUAGAGCGGGGUUCGGUUCGAGAGUUCAUCUUUGCUCCAUCAUGACCAAGAGAAUCUAAAAUGUUGACUCUUACUAGAUAUUUAAGCUCGCGGGAAAUGUGUAGUAGUGCCACACUUUGAAAUGGUCCAUUUGAAUGAUAACUGGAAGGCGUGGUCUGCUUUGGACGAUUCGGGAGCGGGGUGUUUUAAAGCCACCUCUGCCGAACAAUGCAGAAUCUGGUAGGUGCAGCUUCUGAUUACAAGGACCAGGGAAUCCUGGGUUGCUAAUGACUUCAUCCUCAGCUACCAACAGGAAGCUUCGUGGCUUUAUGAUCUCAUCAGAUUUCUUCACUAUUGUCACAACAGAAGUGAACUUUUUUUUACUUUAUAUAUUACACUGUUCUAGAUUAUCUUCUUUGUUUUUAUCAAAGUUCCACGUUCGUGAUUUGGAAAAUAAUGUGUGAAGAGUAGCUGGUCUUUUGUCUUAAAUACUACCUCGGGAUGAUUCUGAGAGAAUGAGAAAAAUUUGGUUCAAGAAAAGGGAAAUAAGCUUUCUUAGAAAAUUUUAGGUCCUUUGUUUAAAAGAGCUGGGAUUUAAAAAAUAAUAAUGUGAUGUGCCAAUUUGGAGCUAAAUAAUUGAAACUUUUCAGAAAUAGUCAUAACUUUGUAUUAUAUACAAUUAAGACAUUUCAAGGAGUUUUAUGAAAAAUGUUUGGCACUUUUCCCAUUGAUUUUUUUUUUUGAUGCUAAUUUUACUAUUCGUUUUUCAAGUGGCUUUUGCAUUGAGUACGAUAAUUUACAAAUUAAAAUUACUUUCUCUUCAGUAAACAGUAAUGAUAGGUAUUUGUGUAUCAUUUUUUAUGUUUUAAAUUAAAAGUAUUAGGUAAAUGGAACAAUUUCUACCUAGUUAUUUCUGUUAUUUCUUUUAGCAGAAUACUUCUGAGGCAAGAAACUAAAAUCUACUUGUCAUAUUUUCCAAAUGUUAUUUAUCACAGUAACAAAGAAUGACUUCCCAAACACAUUUGAAAACAUUUAAGCUAUGAAGAAGGACAUCCCUCACACUCUGAAACAGAUCUCCUUCAGAGACAGACUUUUGCAGCCUCCCAUCAGCUUCCUGGAUAUGCUGCCACACCUCAGCCAACUGGUCUUUCUGGAAUAUUUGAUACUAGUGUGAACAGUGCCAGCACUAACACUAAAGAAUCUUCAGUGAUGAAUUUUCUCUCUGCUGUUGAAUCCCGAACUGCUCAGGCUGCUUCUUCAGGAACUACUCUUUUACCACAAUUCAGGGCUCCAUCCUGGCAGACAGGUAUGCAUUCCUCAGCAGCAACUGAGCUGUUUGUUACUGGACCUUUGCCAACUACUGGAACACUUCCACCCUCUGCCCUCUCUGCUUAUCAGCAUCCCACCACCUUCAGCAAUAGAAACUUUGCUACCACCUCACCUUUGGUGCUUCAGGAUUCGUCUUUUAACACUACAUCAAAUGGAAUUUUAAAUCCUCAUGACCCUCUGCUACAAAUCAAGACUUCCCAGGGAACUGUUCCAACUGCUUUGGCAUUUGAGCGCCUGGGCAGUUCUGCGUUAAGUAACAGCAUACCACCUCAGUCUUCAACGUAUCGCUCAGCGCAAGAGUCUGCACCCCAUCUUUUACAACCUCAAUUUAGUUUGUUGCCUUCAGCACUUGGGGGAGCCCAGCAAACUCCUCAAGCCUACAGUUCAACUCUCUUUACUAGUUCUACUGCUUCCAUUGAAAGAGCUCUUCUUCGAGAAUGUAGUGUUAUUAAACACCAUCAGCGGCCUUCAGGUACCCAGUCUAUUCAGGCACAACUGACUGGUUCACAGCAUUCCUUACAUAGCUAUCUGUCAAAUGCAAGUGUGGUUAAUUUUCAGGAAACAAGUAGGCAGUCAUCUUUAUCCUGUAGCCCAGUUGGAGAUUCUACUCAGGUGAGCAAUGGAGGAUUACAGCAGAAGACCUCCCAGGUGUCAGUGGAACUUGCUCAGUCUUACUCAUCUACAAUUCCAUCAUCAGGGUUUCCUCCAUCUGCUACAAAAGUAAAAAGCUGUUCUACAAAACAACCACUAGCAUCAACUAAGACCCCCAAACCUCAAAGUGUAAUUCCUCCUGUGCAAACAUUAAGCUAUUCCAAACCUUUACAUAACCAGAGUUCUGUAAUAUCGGGCCAAGCACAAAUUUAUUCUACAGCGCAGCUACCAAGCCUUUUAUCAGUUAGUCAGUCCCAAAAUUAUGGUUUAGUACAGCCACAUAAUGUGCCAUCUAUUGUUCAUUCACAGGUUUAUAGGUCCAACAAAGUUGAGAAGUUGCCAUCCUUAUAUAAAACAUUGACUUUUUCUGGAUCAUCUCAGACUAUAACUUCUGAAAAUCAGACACUUAAUUAUUCUUCUAAUCAACAAGAAGUAUUAUCUUCAGUUACAAAUGAGAAUUACCCUGCCCAAACAAGAGAUCUGUCUUCAGUUAGUCAGUCUCAAAGUUAUUCAUCUAGUCAUUCUCAGGGUUUACCACCAGUUAGCCAGACACAGGUUAGUUAUUCAUCUCAGUCACAGGUGUUAUCAGUUGUUAGUCCUUCAGAAAGCUAUGCUUCAGGGCAGUCUCUAACAUUAACAGCCCCUUCUCUUUCUUACUCUUCUGCCACUCGGGCUCAGAAUUUGCCAGAUUCUAGCCCAACCCAGAAUUAUAUUUCCAUGCAUUCUUCCCAGAAUGCUCAGACUCAAGGGUCAUCAUCUCCCCAGUCCCAAAAGUUUUUGCCUGCUGCCCAGUCAUCAUCUUUUGCAUCCUCUACUCACUGUCAGACAUUACAGAAUAACAUACCUUCCCCUGAUCCAAAGUCUUAUGCUGAAAGAAAACUUGAUUCAACUGUGUAUACAUCUUCAAAGCAAGAAGAGGAUUUUCCAAUGCAAGAGUUGCAGGUACUGCAGCCACAAGUGUCUCUUGAGUCAUCAACCCAAAGGCUGUCAGAUGGAGAAAUUAAUGUUCAAGAAUCGGCUUAUAAGGUGUCAAAGGCAGAUGACAGGUAUUCUCAGAGUGUAAUUAGAAGUAAUUCUCGUCUUGAAGAUCAGGUUGUUGGGAUUGCUCUACAAGGGUCAAAAAAAGAAGAAAGCAUGGUUGGUUCAGUGACACAGCUUACCCAACAAAUUGGCCAAGUCAGUGCAGCAACCCUUGAUAUUAAGAAGGCAACUAAUUUAAUGCAAACUCCACAAAUAAGGUUGAAUACUAAAGACCUCAACCCGCAGCAUUCUCUUAUACAUAAGGUACAUGAAGCCAAGGUCCAGGAGCAACAUGAUCAAAUAAUUAAUGCCUCAUCUCAGAUUCAAAUUCCAAAUCAUGCUUUAGGGCAUGGCCAUCAGGCAUCUCUUCCUAACACACAGGUCCUUUUAGAUUCUGCCUGUGAUUUACAAAUUCUUCAGCAGUCAAUACUGCAGGCAGGUUUAGGACAAGUAAAGGCAUCUUUACAAGUACAGCGUGUUCAAAGUCCUCAACAAAUAGUACAUCCUUUCCUUCAAAUGGAUGGUCAUAUUAUUCAGAGCAAUGGUGAUCAUUCUCAGCAGCAGCUCCAUCCUCAAACUUCUGAAAUUAUGAAAAUGGACCUCUCUGAGUCUUCAAAACCAUUACAACAACAUCUAACAGCUAAGGGCCAUUUUAGUGAAACAAGUCAACAUGAUUCAAAGAAUCAUUUUGUUUCUCUUGGAUCAAUGUGUUUCCCAGAGGCAAUGCUUCUCAGUGAUGAGAGAAAUAUUUUAUCAAAUGUAGAUGAUAUCUUAGCAGCUACAGCAGCAGCUUGUGGGGUUACUCCUUCUGAUUUUUCCAAGUCAACUUCAAAUGAAACCAUUCCGGCAGUUGAAGAUGGUGAUUCUAAAUCUCAUUUUCAGCAGUCAUUAGAUGUUGGGCAUGUGACGUCAGAUUUUAACUCUGUGACAGCCGCAGUAGGAAAGCCACAGAAUAUAAAUGAUAUUUCCUUAAAUGGAAAUCAAGUUGCUGUAAACCUGUCACCAGUACCAACCCUCCAGUCAAAAAUGACUCUUGAUCAACAGCAUAUUGAAACUGGUCAAAAUAAAGCAUCUAAAGUAAUUUCACCUGUGGUUGGACCAAGUCAUGAUGUCCAGGAGCAAAGUUCUGGCUCAUUCAAGAAACAGUCUGCUACCAAUCAUGAAUCUGAAGAAGAUAGCGAAGUUCCUAUGGAUAGUACAUUAAAUAAUAACAGAAGCCAAGAGUUUGUUUCUAGUAGAAGUAUAAGUGGAGAAAGUGCUACAUCAGAGAGUGAGCUCACCGCUGAUGACAGCAGUGUGUCAGUGAACCCAGCUAGAAGUACACUUGCACUGUUGGCCAUGGCCCAACCUGGGGAGGCCAUCGGUGUCAAGAUUGAAGAAGAAAAUCAAGAAUUAAUGCAUUUUAACCUUCAGAAGAAAAAAACUGGAAAGGGGCAAACCAAAGAGGAAGACAACAGUAAUCAGAAACAGCUGAAAAGACCUGCCCAGGGCAAACGCCAGAAUCCAAGGGGAACAGAUGUGUAUCUGCCAUAUACUCCUCCUUCCUCAGAGAGCUGCCAUGAUGGUUAUCAGCAUCAAGAAAAAAUGAGACAGAAGAUCAAAGAAGUAGAGGAAAAACAGCCAGAAGUCAAAACAGGAUUUAUUGCCUCUUUCUUAGAUUUUCUGAAAUCUGGGCCCAAGCAGCAGUUUUCCACUCUUGCUGUACGAAUGCCUAACAGGACUAGACGACCAGGGACCCAGACUGUUCGUACAUUUUGUCCCCCACCACUUCCAAAGACUUCUUCGACAACACCCACACCUUCCGUGUCUGAAAUUGGGGGUAACAGUCCAUCAGAAAAAGUUGAUAAUGAACUUAAAAACUUGGAACAUUUAUCUUCAUUUUCUUCUGAUGAAGAAGAUCCUGGAGUAUGUGGUCAUGAUAUUUAUAAAAGAGCCUCUACUACCUUAACUACUUUGGAUGCUACUUCUGAUAAAAAGAAGAAAGCAGUUUCAGAAGCCCUACAGGUGGCAACUACUAGCCCAACUGCCAAUACUACUGGUACUGCUACCUCUACCACUGUGGGUGCAGUUAAACAAGAACCUCCCUGCUCUACUUCAUCUGCAAUAAAUAUCCUGGAAAAUAUAAACUCUACAGAACCCCCAAAGCCCUGCGAACUUGAUGGGCUUCCUUCAGACCAGUUUGCAAAAGGACAGGACACUGUUGCCAUAGAAGGUUUUACAGAUGAGGAGAACACAGAAAGUGGAGGAGAAGGCCAAUACAGAGAGCGUGAUGAAUUUGUGGUAAAGAUAGAAGACAUAGAGACUUUUAAGGAGGCUUUAAAAACAGGAAAAGAACCCCCAGCUAUUUGGAAAGUACAAAAAGCUUUAUUACAGAAGUUUGUUCCUGAAAUUCGAGAUGGACAAAGAGAAUUUGCUGCUACAAAUAGUUACCUUGGAUAUUUUGGAGAUGCAAAGAGUAAAUACAAAAAGAUAUACGUGAAGUUCAUUGAAAACACAAACAAAAAGGAAUAUGUCAGAGUGUGUUCCAAAAAGCCAAGAAGUAAGCCUUCACAAACUAUCAGAACUGUUCAGGCUAAACCAAGUAGUAGCAGUAAAACUUCUGAUCCUCCGACACCAAAAACUACAACUACAAAAGCCCCUUCAGUGAAACCCAAAGUUAAACAGCUGAAAGUAAAGGCUGAGCCACCACCAAAGAAGCGGAAGAAAUGGAAAGAAGAGUUUUCAUCAUCCCAAUCUGACUCCAGUCCUGAGAUCCAUUCUACUAGUAGUGAUGAUGAGGAAUUUGAUCCUCCAGCUCCCUUUGUCACUCGUUUUUUGAACACAAGAGCGAUGAAGGAAACCUUUAAGAGCUACAUGGAAUUGCUUGUUAGCAUCGCUUUGGACCCUGACACAAUGCAAGCCUUAGAGAAGAGCAAUGAUGAGCUCCUUUUGCCUCAUAUGAAAAAAAUAGAUAGCAUGCUGAAUGAUAACCGAAAGAGACUUCUUUUGAAUCUUCAUUUGGAUCAGCCAUUCAAGAAUGCUUUGGAAAGUUUUCCUGAACUAACAAUAAUUACCCGUGACUCUAAAGCAAAAAGUGGGGGUUCUGCUAUUUCUAAAAUCAAAAUGAAUGGCAAAGCUUAUAAUAAGAAAACUCUAAGGACUUCUAAAACAACCACCAAAUCUGCACAAGAGUUUGCUGUUGAUCCAGAGAAAAUACAGCUGUAUUCUUUGUAUCAUUCACUCCAUCAUUACAAAUAUCAUGUUUAUCUGAUAUGUAAAGAUGAGAUUUCUUCUGUGCAGAAAAGAAAUGAAGACUUAGGACAGGAAGAAAUUGUUCAACUUUGUAUGAAAAAUGUAAAAUGGGUAGAAGACCUAUUUGAAAAAUUUGGAGAACUUCUAAAUCAUGUACAGCAGAAAUGUUCCUAACAUUUCCACAAAAAUUCCGUCUAUUUUAUAGCACUAAUGAACUGGCAGAGGCGGGUGGUCGAAGGGGGUGCAGAGCCUCAGAUAAUUGAAUGUCAGGCAGUGGUCUCCUGCGGGCACACCUGCUUUGACCAUAGAACUUGCAUCAUGACCUCUGCUGAAGGACAGCGGUGCUGCCCAGGAAGUCAGUCCUUUGGAAAUGGACCUAAAACCCUACCACGUUUUUAUCCUAAUGAAUGACUUUUCUAUUUUGUAAACCAUUGGGUAACUGAGUUUUAUUUUCAGAAAUGUUUUUUGACAAAUGAUGAAGCAUGCACUAAAUAUAAUUUUUCUUUAUGGCUAGAGAAAUAACACUUACGUAACUUGAUUAUUUUUUCCUGACUCUGACUAAAUACCAGAAUGAAAGAGAGGUGGCACAGAAAGCAUAUGUUUAUAUUCAUGUCUGGCCACAAAAUGGAAAGUAUUGUACAUUAUGUAAACAGAUCUGGUGUGAUGUGACAUUUUGUAUGAGAAUAUCCUCAAUUUAAAAUAUGAAAUUCAGAAACUGCAUUCUGCUUUACGAACUCCUUUUACUCUUAACAUGUUCAGGAAACUGGAUGUGGAAUUGGUGCAAUUCUAGGACUGCUUUUUGUGUCAAAUUAUAUUGUAAUGAGAAAAACAAUGACAUACUAUUUUCCCUAUCUCGAAGAAUAUUUUCGUUUAUACUGUUUUUCCUUUGGAAAAAUUUUCAAUUGUACAUUUUAUUUCACUAAUAGUUGUAUUUUUCACAAGGAAAAUGUUGUGGUUAUAAUUAAGUUUGAUGUAUCUGUACUACACUUUCCAUUAUUUUCAGUAAAUCUUAUUUAGUUAUAUAUGGAAUUUCUAUUGUGAAUUCUAUCUUGAGGUAACCAUUUUUGUUUAUACAGAUUUGCUUCAGUGUUAUCCACAAUAUGCAUUCAGUACUAGAAUUAGUUUAGCUUUAUAAAUGGAGUUGUGUUAGACACUGCAGUAAUUUUCUAAUUCAUGAAAGUAAAUUUCUUACUAAACUAGUACUUGAUAAACUGAUUUGUCAAAUCAAAAUUCACCACGUUAUACGUUUGGAAGAAUGAAAUUUAUGAUUAGGCUACAUGCAGUGUUAAACACAGCUUACCUAACUCUUAGAACUGCAAGUGGUAGAACUCUCCUUUGGUGCCUUUCCAACCUUUAUACAUGCUGUUGUAGCUUUCUUUAGUUUGAUAGCUAGUGUUUCAAGUAGUAUAGCUGAGACAGUGAAUGU